AUGAAUGGGGAGGAGAUACCAAGAGGUAAGGGUGUUAAGAAUGAAAUCAAAUUAAAUGAAGCUCCCACUCAGAAGCCGACAAGAUUGGAACGAGCAAAAGCAGCCAUCGAAGUGAUGGAAAAGCGUCUCGAUGAAACCAAGAAAGUGCAGGAGCGUUUGAAGAAUUUGGACACAAAGUUGGACCAGGUCAACAAAGAGAUGGAGAAUGCCUAUAUAAAGAUAAAAGACCAGCUCACAAGAGCUGAAGUCGGUCAUCAACACCGCAAGGACGGUACGCCAAGUGCUACGUCUAAUUUAUCGUACUGCUCAACGGUUUCGGGCAGGGAAAGCAAUAUUUGUUCCAUUAGGCCUUCCUAUUCACGCGCAGAAAGAGCGAAGGAGAGCAGUGCUUCGAUAGAAGGAAGGCUAUUCGAAAUGGAACGCGCUUUGAAACGACUCGACAACAUCGAAAAAUCCCUGGCAAAGUCCGUUCGUUGCAGCAUCUUCUAUGAAGGACGAAAAGUCCAUCAGGAUUUUCAGGCUUUCGAAACAACUGGGUGA